AUGGGGCAAAGUCUGACCGAGGCAAGAAAUGGGAUGCACCGUUGUGUUUAUCCCUUUGCAUUGUUUGUUCUGCUGAUUCUUCUGUCUACUUAUGCAUUUCAUGACGUUUCAUAUCGUUCCUUUCCUAACCAUCCUGAGAAGGAGAAAAAGAGUGCAGAAAAAGACAGAGUAUUUUGGUUCGUCUGUCUCAUACGCACAGAAGAAGGUUAUCGAUGUACUAUAACCGUGAUCUUUACGGUGUUCGAGGAUGAUAACUGCAUCCCAACUGGCAAGGAAUUUGGUUCACAGAUUCUCGAUGCCAUUACACGGUCUAAGAUUUCAAUCCCCAUCAUAUAUCGAUAUGAUAUAUUCUUGAGCUUUAGAGGCUCAGAUACCCGUAAGGGAUUCAUAGGUUACCUCCACCGUAGACUGGUCAAUGCAGGGAUUAGGGUGUUCAAGGAUGAUAACAGCAUCCCAACUGGCAAGGAAUUUGGUUCACAGAUUCUCGAUGCCAUUACACGGUCUAAGAUUUCAAUCCCCAUCAUAUCCGAAAACUAUGCUUCGAGUAAAUGGUGCCUCCUUGAGCUCAUUCACAUCAUGGACAGCCAGAAGAGCACGUCACACAUAGUAUUGCCCAUCUUUUACAAAGUGCACCCAUCUCAUGUGCGGUAUCUCAAGGGAAGUUUUGGGAAGGCCUUCCAUUCGCGGAAAAAAUGUUUUGACGAGAAGGUUAUCCAGGAAGGGCAACGAGCACUAAGAGAAGUGAGUCAAUUACAUGGAUGGGAAUCUGAGAACAUUGCUAAUGGGCACGAAGUCGAAUUAGUGGAGAAAGUCAUCAAAGAUGUUUUGAGCAAAUUGGGACAUGAUUAUCGGCUUGAUGUUACUGAGCACUUAGUUGGAAUUGGUGAUCAUGUGAAGAGAAUUAAGAAUUGGGUCAACAAUCCUGCCAGUGAUGCUCGAAUGAUUGGAAUCUAUGGCAUGGGAGGGAUCGGUAAAACGACUCUUGCCAAGGUCAUCUACAACGAGCUAUCAAAUGACUUUGUGCAUCGUAGCUUCCUUCUAGAUAUUCGAGAAACGGCUCAUCGCAAUGGUAUUCCUUAUCUACAAAAUCAACUAAUUAAGGAUAUACUACAAAUCGAACAUCAAGUUUCGACAGUUGACAAUGGAAUAAGUUUGAUCAAAUCUAGAUUCAAAGGAGAAAAGGUUCUCAUUCUUCUAGAUGAUAUAGAUCGCAAAGAUCACCUAAAUGCUUUGGCUAGAGAGCGUAAUUGGUUUACUUCGGGAAGUAUUAUCAUUGUUACAACUAGAAAUAAAGUUGUUCUUGAUCAAUCUAAAUUUGAGGUAGACUACAAAUGUGAAUUGAAUGAAAUGGAUGAGGUGCAAUCUUUGCUUUUAUUUAAUAGACAUGCAUUUCGUAUGAACCAUUCUUCGAAAGACUUCGAGGGUAUCUCUCGUGAUAUCAUAUCCAACAUGGGUGGACUUCCUUUGGCUAUCGAGGUUGUAGGUUCAUCCUUGUAUGGAAAAAUGGAUCCAAAAGUAUGGCAAGAUAUUCUGAAGAAAUUAAGAAAAGAACCACAUAGAGAUGUCCAAAAGAUAUUGAAGAUAAGUUAUGAUGCAUUAGAAGAUGCACAUAAGCAGAUCUUUCUCGACAUUGCUUGUUUCUUUAUUGGCGAAGAGAGCAAAUUCGCCAUUUACAUGUGGGAUGACCGUGAAUUUUAUCCAAGUGAAGGAAUUGAAGAGUUGAAGCUAAGAUGCUUAAUAAAAGUUGAUAAGGAUUGUAAGUUAAGGAUGCAUGAUCAACUAAGAGAUCUUGGAAGGAAUAUUAUUCGCCUAGAAGGACCGCUUGGAGAUCGUAGCAGAUUAUGGGCCAACGAGGAAGCCUCCAGAGUACUAAUGGAAAAAAAGGGAACUGAAAGGAUCCAGGCAAUUCGUCUCGACCAACAAUAUGGUCAUCUCCAAACAUACAAAAGUGAACAGUUUAAGAACAUGCAAAGCUUAAGGUUCCUUCAAUUGAGGCGGGCGACUUUCAGUGGAGACUUUAACAACCUGUUUCGUGAAUUAAGAUGGCUUCGGUGGUUUGACAUUGAAUCCGAUCUGUGGUUCUUUUUGCGGACCAACUUGCAUCUACCGAAUUUAAGGGUGCUGGAGUUGUCAUUUGACCAGAAAACAAAGCAUUGGACAGGAUGGAGUUCAAUCAAGACGGCAAAGCGGCUGAAAGUUCUCCACCUAGCACAUUGCAAUUAUUUAAGAUGUACUCCUGAUCUGUCAACUUUCACAGAAUUGGAAAUUCUCAUCGUGAAAAAAAGUCCCAGACUCGAGCAAGUGCACCCUUCUAUUGGCAAAGUCAAGAGCCUCAUUUCCCUGGACUUGAGUGAUUGUGGCAGUCUCAAGGAGUUACCAAGAGAAGUGGGCGAAUUAGAAGAACUAAAAGAACUUAGUUUAGAUUUUGCUGGAAUUGCAAAAUUUCCUACUUCAAUCGGUUCUUUAAGGAAGCUAGAGAAACUGAGUUGCGGGGGUUGUCGGUCAUUGAGAGAAAUCCCUGGCUCAAUCGGUGAGUUAUCUUCACUCAAGGUACUUGACAUCACUAGAGCACCGAUAUUUGAACUGCCAGAAAGCAUCCAGAGUCUUUCUUCUCUUCAACACCUUAGCCUAUGGGGUUGUCACGAGCUUCGGUCGCUGCCAAAGCUUCCUUCCAGCUUAACAUAUCUGACAAUCUCUUGUCAAAGUCCCAGGUUGCCCAAACUUUCUUACCUAAUCCACCUAGAAGAACUUCAUCUUUACGGAUGCAAUCAACUUGAAUCCAUCCCGGAGCUUCCCUCAAGACCCUUGAAGCUUUGUGUCGACUCUUGUAACAAGCUAAUAUUUGCUAAGCUUGACCGAUCCAAGUACUUGGAAGAGUUGUCGAUAAAAAACUGCAGUUCCAUAAAAAGAUUGGACCUUUCACAAUUAAGUCAUUUGAAACGCUUACACAUUGAGGAUUGCAACAAUUUAGUUGAGAUUCAAGGCUAUGAUGAAUUGGAGUCCUUGGAGGAAAUAGUUAUAUAUCGCUGCAAGUCCAUUGAAAGGAUGAUCCUUCCAGGAUUACAGUGUUUGAAGCAAUUGAAGGUUAGCUCUUGCGACAAUCUAGUCGAAAUUCAAGGCCUUGAUAUGGCAAAGUCGUUAGAGGCAUUAGAUAUCUCUGAUUGUGGAUCCUUUGAAAGAUUACCCGACCUAUCAUGUUUUGCGACCCUAACAGAGUUGAACCUAGCAGGGUGCAAAGCCCUAAAGACACUACCAAACCUAUCGAAAUUUGAAAAUUUAGAGAAUUUAACGAUGAGGUAUCUGCUGGGUGUCACGGAGAUUGUUGGGGUGGAGGAUUCAAAAUCUCUAACACACAUAGAUAUCACGGGAUGCAAAUCAAUGGAGAUUUUGCCAGAUUUGUCGGGCUGUGAGAAGUUACAAUCUCUAGUGUUACGAGACUGCAAGAAACUCACUCAGCUUCAAGGACUUGAAAAGUUGAAUUUAAUUUAUUUGGAUAUUUCCGGGUGUGACUCAUUGGAGACGAUACCGAAGCUACCUGGAACACGCAUCUUUAGAAAUUACGAAAGAGCAUGGUAUGAAGUUCACUACGGAAAUAUUAUACUGCGAUGAUAAUGACGUGAUGAAUCUUAUAUCCAAAUUACAAUAUUGAGACAAGUGAUGGUUCCUUAAUAGAGGGUUCUGUAAUUUCCUGAAUUUCAUAGUCUUACAUAAUCAAAGGAGUGGAGGUGUUGGUCGUAGAAGCUGACAUGAAGCCAAGAUCAAGAUGUAAACCAAAAUAUGGGUCUACGAACAAUAGAAGACAUUGGUCAUCUAGUAAGAUUCUUCAUUCAACGAGAGCAAAUAGAGUAAUAUUCUUCUCGAAGCUAUAUUUGUUAAGAAUGAUUUGAUCCACACUGAGUAUUUAUUUAAUUAAUUUUGGAAACUCCGGACUUGCCUACGAAUACUUGCUUUCGAUUGCAUUACAGCAAAGUUUCUUGUUCACCCUUCCGUUGAUAACUUCAAUGAAUGAAAAUAUUAACAUAAGUAAAUCAGAAUUACCUAGUGUCCCUCACGGAAAAUUCAGGAUUUGACUUCUUCAUCUAUAGGCCGAUGAUCUUCUGCCCCUCAAUAUUGUAAACUGUGCCUAGAAUCCAUUUUUCGCUCUGUCCAAAAUUAAUUUUUUUUCUUUGGAAAAAAUCUUUGGCCAAUUUGAAUUCCUUG